AUGCGGUCUGUUGAAGUUAUUUUCCUUGUUGUACUAAGUAACAACCUUCGUUCAGCAGAGCCCUUCAAUGUUGGAACAAUGGGAGUGAAAAUAUUCUCUGGACCUGCAAAUGAGCAGUUUGGUUAUACAGUGCAACAGUUAACAAAUCACAAGGGCAAAUGGCUCUUAGUUGGUUCUCCUUGGAACGGUUACCCUGACAACAGGCGAGGAGAUGUGUACAAGUGUCAGAUAUCAGGGUCUAAAACCACCUGUGACAGACUUAACCUCCAAAACUCAGUGAGUGUCCCAUCAGUGACAAAUGUCAACAUAAACAUGAGCCUUGGAAUGACACUCACAAGAAUACCAAAAACCAAUGGACUGAUGACUUGUGGUCCACUGUGGGCUCAGCAGUGUGGGAGUCAGUAUUUCUACCCUGGAGUCUGUACACACAUGAGCCCCCUCUUCAGUGUUCAGAGGACACAAGCUCCUGCCUUACAGACUUGUGGAGGUCCAAUGGAUCUCAUAAUUGUUCUUGAUGGCUCUAACAGCAUCUAUCCAUGGGGCCCCAUGAAUGAAUUCCUCCAGAAGUUGAUCCCAUCUCUGGAUAUUGGGCCACACAGUACCCAAGUAAGUGUUAUACAGUAUGCAGUGGACCCACACUUCGAGUUCAGACUGAAUCAGUACAAAACCAAAGCAGAAGUCUUGAACGCUGCAUCUGCCAUUACACAGAAAUAUGGCCACUCUACCAACACCUUCCACGCAAUUGAUUUUGCCAGUGAUUUUGGAUUCAAAGCUGAAAAUGGUGGGCGGCCAGGCGCAGCUAAAGUCAUGGUGGUGGUGACGGAUGGGGAGUCUCAUGACAUUGCCUUUUCGGGGCGGGUGCUGGCCAAGUGUGAGGCAAACAAAAUCACACGCUUCGGCAUCGCCGUAUUGGGGUCCUAUAUAAGAAAUAACAAAGACCCGUCAAAGCUCAUUGAAGAAAUUAAGUCCAUUGCCAGUAAGCCAACAGACAAUUUUUUUUUCAAUGUGUCAGAAGAGGCAGCACUGGUUAAAAUUGCUGGGACUCUGGGAGACAGGAUAUUCAAAAUUGAAGGUACAGUGAAAGGGGGUGACAGUUUUCAGAUGGAAAUGGCCCAAGUGGGAUUCAGUGCACACUACUCAAGUAAAGAUGACGAGCUUUUGCUGGGUGCUGUCGGUGCGUACACCUGGAGCGGUACAGUGGUGCACCAAACUGGACAGAGGACAGACAUCUUCCCUUUCUCCACGUUCCAGGACAUCCUGCAGGACAACACCCACCACAGCUCACUGCUAGGAUAUUCUGUGACAACACUGCAUGAUGGAGCAGUACAGUAUUAUGUGGCUGGUGCUCCACGAUCUAACCAUUCUGGUCAAGUCAUCGUUUACACAUUAAACUCUCAAAGGAAGCUCACAGUAGUGGACUCUGAGAGAGGAAAACAGAUUGGAGCGUAUUUUGGCAGUGUACUGUGUGCUUUAGAUGUGGAUAAAAAUGGCGUGUCUGACUUGCUCUUGGUGGGAGCACCCAUGUUCAUGAGCAACGUGAACAAAGAACAGGGUCGGGUCUACCUGUUUUCUGUCACCAAGGGCAUCCUUAAUGAACAGGGAUACCUCGAUGGUCCAUCCAUCUCAGACAAUGCUCGCUUUGGCACGACCAUAUCCCCCGUCUCAGACUUGGACCUGGACGGUUUCAGUGAUGUUGUGGUGGGAGCUCCACUGGAGGAUGGAGGCAAAGGGGUCGUGUACGUCUACAAUGGAGACAGAAGGACUCUUCACAAACAACACUCCCAGAGGAUACUUGGAUCAAGAUUAGAUCCCAAACUGCAGUAUUUUGGAAGGUCACUGGAUACCAGUGGAGAUAUGAAUGAUGACACGAUGCCAGAUAUUUCAGUGGGGGCACUGGGGAAGGUGGUUCAGCUCUGGUCAAGGGGAGUGGCAAAAGUGACUGCAACAGCUGUCUUCAUGCCGGAUAAAAUCAACAUACUGGGAACCAAAUGUGACGUGAAUGGCAGAAAGUUAUUGUGUGUCGAUGCCCACGUAUGUUUCAGUGCAUCAUUCAGACCAAAAACUCCUGUUGGGCCUUUAGGGAUAGCUUACAACUUCACACUUGAUGCUGAUCUCCAUUCCUCUCAUGUGGCUUCACGUGGAUUGUUCAGACAGAACAAUGACAGGGUCUUCAGUGGAACGAUCCAACUUUCUGCUAUACCUGUCUGUAAACACUAUCCAAUCUAUGUUCAGGACGCGCCAGACUUUGUGAAUCCCCUGGUGUUGCGGGUGGACGUCGGCCUUCAGAGACCAGACUCCAACCCUGUGCUGGACGCUUACUCCACCCACGCCUGGGCUUUCUCAAUUCCCUUUUCUAAAGACUGCGGCUCUGAUAAUGUGUGCUCGAUUGACCUAGUGCUUUAUGUCAAGCAGGAGAAGAAAGUUCUCAGUUCUUCUCCAAUGCUUGUCAGCUACAAGAACAGAAGACUUUCAUUUGAGGUUGUGGUGAUGAACAUGAAGGAGAAUGCCUACAACACCGAGAUAAUAGCAACGUACUCCAAGAAUCUCUUUUACGCAUCAGUCACUCCCCCGAGUGAUGGAACGGAUGUGAAAUGCUCCUCUGUACAGGAUUCACUUUCCCUUGUUUGUCAAGUAGCAUACCCUGCACUAGAAAAGAACCAACAGGUGACAUUUUUUGUUCACUUUGAUUUCAAUCUCAACCACCUACAAAGCAAAGCACAAGUGGAUUUUAUGGCCCAAAGUGAUGGCAAAGAAGAUCGUCCAGAGGACAACAAAGUUGGCAUCACAGUCCCCGUCCGUUACAACUCUGAACUCAUCCUGACAAAAAAAUCAAGUAUGAAUUUUUAUGUAGUUGAAGAGAACAAACCUUAUAAAACCUCCAUUAAAGACUUUUAUGACAUUGGACCAGAGUUCAACCUAAGUGUGAAAGUUACUACAGUUAAUGUUCCUGUGGGUCUGGCCUACCUGUCAGUGUCUUUGCCGACCACCACUAAAGGAGGAAAUCCACUCCUGUACCUGACCUCCCUCAGCACCCAACCAACACGGGCUGUGUUGUGCGAGGCCAGUGGUGUAGUCGACCCUCUGAAGAUCGGGACAAAGCCUCACAGUGUCUCUUUCAAGAACGAGAACCUCAGAGGCAUGACAAGCCUAGACUGUAAAACUGUCAAAUGUGCAUCUAUAAAAUGCGUGAUCAAGGACAUGACUGAGAAGAGUCACUAUUUCGUCAACAUCACAGCGAGGAUUUGGAACGGAACCUUCGCUUCUUCAAGUUUCCAGACCUUGGAGCUCACAGCCACCUCUGAGAUUGAAACCUCACAGCCAGAUUUGCUCAUCAUUGGGCUGAAAAAAGCAGUGGCGAGCCUCACUAUCAGUAAGCCAGGAGAGAAGGCAGAUGUGCCAGUGGGCGUCAUUGUGGGCAGUGCUAUUGGAGGACUGCUCCUGCUGGCCCUUGUAGUGGGUCUGCUUUGGAAGUUUGGCUUUUUCAAGAGGAAGUACAAGCAGCUACAGAAGGAGGCGGAGGGAGAAAUAAAAGCUGAGGAGGGACUUUAGUCUGUAAUCCAGUGAAGACUUGCACAACCACCCAGGUGCCACUAGGGAGAGCUGUCUCCCAGGCUGUCCAAAGACAUUGUUAUCUUCAGCAACAUUAAGCUGCUCUCUCCAAGAAUCUCCAAAGAAUGGUAACAAACUGUCAGAAGUUGUCAGAUCAUUUCACCAUGAACUGAAGAGGAAACAGAUUGCGUUGUGAUGACUGUGGUUCUAAUUCAAACUAUUUUUUUUACUGUUGUAAACCAGGGAGGUUUGAGCUCAAUUUAC